AUGUUGCCCUUGUGCUUCUACUGCUGCUCGUAUGUCUUGUUCUUCGUUGUGAACGUGCUGAACGAGCUUCGCUUCAACAUUAGAAACAACGACGGUGUGGGUAGGAUGUUGUCUUUGAUAUAUGUUUAUGUCAUCUAUAGUUUCACGCUCUCAACUCCAAUUCUGUGGGUCGUAAUGAACUCAAAAAUUAUUUCUCUGUGUCUGCACCAAAUUCGAAGCCAGCUUGACCACAUCGUCGAAUGUACGAAUUUCAGCGCGUGCUGUGACAACACCGCCCGCAAAUACAUGGUUACCGGAGACAUCAGGCGACUUCAGGACGCUGUUCUGGAUAUCGUGAAGCUGAUCAAACGUUUCAAGGCAAUAAUGGGUCCUCUGAUGCUGGUUAUUAUUCCUCAUCAUAUUAUUUCGCUGAUUUGCUUCCUCUACUGGACCAUCGUUUCCAUGCUCGACUAUUCCGACUGGUACUUCCCCUUGAGCUUUGGACUUCUUUCUCUUCAGGCCAUCGCCCCAAUCUUCAUCGGCGCCAUCUACAGCGAGGAGGUCGAGAACAAAAAACGCUCUUUGGUCGAGCCGCUGAUCAUGCUGAAGGGCGCUAUGAGCAACGAAGCUGCCACGCACAAGAUGACAACCUUGAUCGAUCACGUGGACAGGCUGGACGCUCAAGUUGAGGGGCAAGGAUUCUUUACGCUCAACAAAGGGAUGGCGACCACGGUUGUGAACACGGUGGUGACGUACCUUGUGGUUCUCAUCCAGUUCUACGGAGGCUCCAGCUAAUCAGCGUUCAACCAACGACAGCAAUCUUCAACUCUCCAGCCAAGCCUUUUCCUCACUGAACAAUGCUAACAUUCGCCUUUCUUGGAUGACAACGAAACUGUUAACCACUUGUGGAAACGCUAUUUAGAGCACGACUUUAAACGACAUUCUCAACUAUUAAGAUCAUUGUUCCCAUUAUCAGACGCUAGUAAAAAAACGAUUAUUACUUAACAGGCAUGGCCGUAGUCUUUAGGUUAGCUAGACGGGUAGGCCAAUCCAUUGGUGGUCCUGAAACUUUAGUAUAAAAAAAUAUUCAUGACUUGUGUAUGAAAAAUCAAGAUAAUAGUAAACCGUAGUGUUCGAACAAAGGGUUCAAUAGCAUUUGCCAACUUAUCACUCUGUACAAAAAUUAGCGAGCCUGACCCAGCCAAAAUAGUUGAUUUCGUAACAACAAUUUCCGAGAUCAUACGAGGCUACAAUACAAUACCUAGAACUCGUCUUCUAGUAUUACGUCUCGGAAUGACGGAUGCGCUUGUUCCAAGAGUGGCACCUUUACUCUCGUGUCCGCGACAAAUGCAUCUCAAAAUAAUUCGUCCACUUCAAGGUAGGGGGUAUAUAUAUGUAGAACAAAUGUAUGCAACAGCAAGCUUUUCAUAUAAUGUAGAAUAGAAUAGCCAUUCGAAUAGCGGGAGUAUGACUGAGAUGGAGUCUUAGCAUUUUGUAGCAUGAUUCAGCAUACUUUGCUUUCAAUUGUUAUAUGAUACUUUUUCUAAGUCGAAUACAUAGGUCAGCUUGUCCCUUCAACACUAUAACUAAUCUACUCGGUGAUUCCAACAUUCAGUAUGUGUAAUUUGGUACAAAAUUAUCAAUUCCUCUAAAAUUUCGAAAUUUCAACUGAAAAAUGAUUCCUAGUAGCGUUAUAAAUCUCAGGAUAAUGU